GGAUUAUCCCGGAGAUUAUUACAAGCAUAUAUCAUUUGCCACGAUGACCAUUAGCAUUUCCUUAUUAUUCUCUAAUUGUCAAUUUGGAAAGGUCGAAUUCCUGUUAUUCCGGAAUAAUAAUUCUAGUCCCACCGCUGAUUUCCAUCCUAAAACCGCAACGCGCCUCCACCUCCAACUCCCACGCUCCUCUUCUUCUCCUACACUUUCUCAUCCGUCUCGCUCCGCCGCAUUUCUGUGCUCCUCUUCUCUCGCCUCUGUUGUAGGUAUGGAUGCAUCUGGGGGUCAGGGUGUCUAUCCUCUCCACAGGUGUAAAACAAUACACCUGGUUAGGCAUGCUCAGGGAUUUCACAAUGUAGAAGGAGAAAAGGACCAUAGUGCAUACCUCUCUCCACACCUCUUUGAUGCAAGCCUUACCCCUCUUGGCUGGCAGCAGGUGGAUAAUCUACGCAAACAUGUUCAUUCAUCUGGUCUUUUUAACAAGGUUGAGUUGGUUGUCGUUUCUCCUUUAUUGAGGACUAUGCAAACAGCAGUUGGUGUCUUCGGGGGAGAAGACCAUGCAGAUGGAAUGCAUGAUCUUCCACUAAUGGCGGCGAAUGCUGGAAACAGCAGCAGGUCUGCGAUUUCAAGUUUAAAUUGCCCUCGUUUCCUGGCAAUGGAGUUGUGUCGGGAACACAUAGGGGUUCAUUGGUGUGAUAAAAGAAGAAGCAUCAGCGAAUAUAAGCCUUCAUUUCCAGCAAUUGAUUUUUCAUUGAUUGAACAUGAUGAUGACACGCUGUGGAAGGAAGACAUUAGAGAGGCAAAUGAAGAAGUUGCUAGUAGGGGGAUGAACUUUUUAAAAUGGCUUUCAACCAGGAGGGAGAAGGAAAUUGCAGUAGUUACUCACAGCGGAUUUUUGAUUCAUACUCUGAGUGAAUUUGGAAAGGACUGUCAUCAAAAUGUGAAGAAUGAAAUUUGCAGACCGUUUAAGAAUUGUGAACUACGGUCAAUGGUUAUUGUUGAUAGAUGUAUGAUUGGAUCAGACAUUCCAACGACCGACUACCCUGGUAAAAUUCCCAGUGGAGCAGAUGUCCCAAGCGAUGAUGCAGCUUUGAAGCAUUCCGAUGGCCUGUCUUAACAAAAAAAAUUGAAGAUUAUCAAAUUAAACAGGAGAAGUCAUUAUUAUUGCUCCAUUUUUAUUAUUAUUGCUCCAUAUUGUUUAUUUACCUACCGCUAUGAAUAUGUAUUAUUAGGGAGAACUAUCAAAUAAGCCAUCAAAUUUUAAUAAAAAGUGCAAAUAAGCCCUUUUUCAGGUGGCUUUGUCCGGCUGUCGCCAUUUGAGGCGGUUUCCGGUGGAAUUGUUUGAUAAUUUUUUUAGCAUCUCUUCAUUAGAUCUAGUUUACCCAUAUCAAAUUUCAGCUAAAAAUUCAAUCGAGAAGGCAAUCAAAUGAUUUUCUGAAAUCUACUACGCUGCCUAACUGCGCAAUUAUCUUCAAAAAUUCAUUUGACUGCCUUUCCCAUUGAAUUUUUAGCUGAAAUUUGGUAUAAUUAAACUAGACUCAAAUCGCUCAAUGAAGAAGAUGCUCAAAAAAUUUCAUCAAAAAUUCCACCGGACAGAGCCUCGUAUAAAAGGGCUUAUUUGCACUUUUUAUGAAAGUUCGGGGGCUUAUUUGGUAGUUCUCCCGUAUUAUUAUAUACGAAAUACCUAUUACUUUUGUUAAUCUUGGAGUAACAAAUUCCGGUACCAGAA